GGUUUAGUGUGUACUGUGUUUAUAAUUUCUCGAAAAAGUUCUGUGUCAAACACGCGUUCUUUUAUUGAAAUAUUGAUAUUUACAAAUAUCGAACAGAAUUUUGAACUGAAAUUAGACUAAAAGCAACAUAAAAACUAACCGCGCAUAAACUCUAAAAAGCAAGUGUGAGCGGUGUGAUCAAUUAUGAAUAUAGCCGAUUUUCCCGAUGAUAGCGAGACCAGCGACGAAGAUUAUGCUCCAGACAACGGAAAUCCUGAAUUACCAUCGGAAGAGGAAUCCGAUGGAGACUAUGAAGAAGCCUUGCCGGAGGCGCAGGAGAGCCUAGGUACACGCGGCAGCAAACGGAAGAAGACAAACUCGAGAUCUAAAAAAAAAGUCAAAUCCACCGAGGACGAACCACCAAAAGCAAUUAAAAAGGCCGACGUGGACGAUUUAUGGGCUAGUUUUAAACAGGAUACGGGUUUUAAAACGAGAGCGGAGCGACGAGAUACGCCAAACAUGGCUGUUGACACUCCGAAACAGACUGACACAUUAAAAACGGACAGGAACGAGAAAGUUAAAGUGACGCAAAUUUUUCAAUUUGCAGGCGAAGACGUCAAAAUCGAACGGGAAGUAUCGAAAAAUUCUAAAGAUAUUAAAGUAUUAAACGUUCCUUCGGGAUCAAGUGCACCGAAAGCGAGAGGCGGUCUUGGCUCAGUUUUAAACCAAAUCGGUAAGAAAUCGAAAAUAAGUACAUUGGAAAAAUCUAAAUUAGACUGGGACCAAUUUAAAAAAGAAGAGAAGAUAGAAGACGAACUUAGUGCAUAUGGUAAAAGUAAAGAUGGAUACUUGGAACGGCAAGAUUUUCUUCAGAGGGCUGACAUGCGUAGGUUUGAAAUAGAAAAAAAUAUUCGGAGCAGCUUAAAGACUAAUCGAAUGAAUAAUGUAAAUUGAUGGGGACUGAUGUACAGUACAAGCAUGGAAACGACGCAAGGACUAUUCCGUCGUUUGAGAAAUAUCAACUGAUGGAAUUUCUAAGAUCGCUCAACAUUCAGUUCAAUGAAAUUGCAUAUGGCAUUAUAUUGCAGUGUAACAUUCCUAAUGAAUUGUAAUAAUUGUGAUGUAAUAAAUGUUUUAUAUAUAAAGGGA